AGUUUAUAGAAAACGCGAUGUCUCAACAGGCGAACACGCCUUUCUUCUGCAACUAGCAGGAUAAGAAAAAGACACCAGGGUCCUUGUGCUGCUGCUGUGCAGAUCAGCACCCCGGAGUCCAGGAGCCAGCUUCUGAGGAAGCUGGAGCAUCCCAGCCCAAAUGGGACCUCACCAUCGGAUGGAUGGAAGAGCAGCAACUGCUUGCAAACUGCUCAUAUUAUUCGCUGCAUGCAUAAUGCAGGGCAGUUGCCAAGGAUGUGAGCGGGGACAGUUUCGCUGUGGCAAUGGUCGCUGUAUUCCUGCAGACUGGAGGUGUGAUGGGGCAAGAGACUGCUCAGAUGAUACAGAUGAAGCUGGCUGCCCACAACCUACCUGUGAGGGAAAUCAGUUUCAGUGUCAGACUGAUGGUGAAUGUAUUCCACAGUCAUGGGUUUGUGAUGAUGAAGAGGACUGCGAAGAUGGCUCAGAUGAGCAUCAACAAUGUCCGGGAAGGACAUGCUCAAGCCAGCAGUUCACGUGUUCCAAUGGACAGUGCAUCCCAAGCGCGUACUGGUGCGAUCGAGUGGAGGACUGCACUGAUGGAACAGAUGAAAGAGUCUGCCACUACCCAAGAUGUGAACAGUUAUCAUGUGCAAAUGGAGCAUGUUUUAAUGCCAGCCAGCGAUGUGAUGGCAAAGUCGAUUGCAGAGAUUCUUCUGAUGAAGCUAAUUGCACACGUGGAUGUACCAGUACGCAGUUUCAGUGUGCUAAUGGAGAGUGCAUCCCACGAGCCUUUAUCUGUGACCAUGAUGAUGACUGUGGAGAUAGGAGUGAUGAAAAUUCUUGCACUUAUGCAACUUGCAGAGGCAACUUCUUCACUUGCCCGAGUGGCCGUUGCAUUCAUCAGAGCUGGAUUUGCGAUGGAGACGAUGAUUGUGAAGACAAUGAAGAUGAAAGAGGAUGUGAAAGUGGUCGCCAUGAAUGCUACCCAGGAGAGUGGGCUUGCCCUGGAUCAGGGCAUUGCAUUCCAAUUGGGAAAGUGUGUGAUGGAGCUGUAGACUGCCCUGAAGGAGAAGAUGAAACUAACAUCACUGCAGGCAGACAGUGCAAUGUGUCACGCUGCGCUGCGCUGAGUUGCCAGUAUCGCUGUCAUUCCUCUCCAUUAGGAGGGAUGUGCUAUUGCCCUGCAGGAUAUACAAUAAGUAGCAAUGACAGUCGUACUUGUAUUGAUUUUGAUGACUGUCAGAUGUGGGGUGUCUGUGACCAGCUGUGUGAGGAUCGUGUGGGACAUCACCAGUGCCACUGUGUAGAAGGUUAUUUCCUAGAGCAUCACCGGCACUGUCGGGCCAACACUUCAGCUGGUGUUGCAUCACUUAUUUUUUCCAAUGGCCGUGAUUUACUGAUUGGAGAUCUUUAUGGAAGAAAUAUUCGUACUUUGGUGCAGUCACAGAAUCGUGGGAUUGCAGUUGGAGUGGACUUUCACUUUUACCUGCACAGAAUCUUUUGGACCGAUACGGUGCAAGAUAAGGUUUUUUCUAUUAAUAUUGAUGGCUCUGAUUUCCAAGAAGUUUUGAAUGUUUCAGUUGACACACCUGAAAAUCUAGCAGUGGAUUGGGUUAACAAUAAGCUAUAUGUGGUUGAAACCAGUGUGAACAGAAUAGAUAUGGUUAACUUGGAUGGAACAAACCGUGUGACUCUUAUUGCUGAAAAUCUUGGAAAUCCUAGAGGAAUAGCACUUGAUCCAACUGUUGGUUAUUUGUUUUUCUCAGACUGGGACAGUCUGUCUGGUGAUCCUAAAGUGGAAAGGGCCUUCAUGGAUGGCACAAAUCGUCAGGAUUUGAUAAAAACAAAAUUAGGCUGGCCUGCUGGAAUAACUCUGGAUAUUGUGUCAAAGAGACUUUACUGGGUUGACAGCCGGUUUGAUUACAUUGAGACUGUAACUUAUGAUGGACUUCAAAGGAGAACAGUAGCUCAUGGAGGCUCACUGAUUCCUCAUCCGUAUGGAAUCACUUUGUUUGAACACAAUGUUUAUUUCACUGAUUGGACCAAAAUGGCAGUGGUGAAAGCUAACAAAUUUUCAGAGUCUAACCCUCAAGUGAUCUACCAGUCUUCACUGAGACCUUAUGGAGUGACAGUUUACCAUGCUGCCAGGCAGCCAUUUGUAAGAAAUCCUUGUGGAAGUAAUAAUGGGGGAUGUGAACAGAUCUGCGUUCUCAGCCACAAAACAGAUAACGAUGGCCUAGGUUAUCGCUGUAGGUGUAUUCUGGGCUUUGACCUACAUGUGGAUGGACGACAUUGUGUUGCUGUGCGGCAGUUUCUGCUGUUUUCAUCCCAGAUGGCAGUGCGGGGAAUCCCAUUCAAUCUCUCCACCCAGGAAGAUGUGAUCAUCCCUGUAACAGGGAGCCCUUCAUACUUUGUUGGAAUUGAGUUCUGUGCUCAGGAUGACACAAUUUUUUUUUCAGACACAAGUAGAGACAUGAUUUAUAAACAGAAAACUGAUGGUUCAGGAAGAGAGAUCUUGACUGCUAAUAGAGUGGAAAGUGUUGAGGAUUUGGCCUUUGACUGGAUCUCAAAGAACCUAUACUGGACAGAUCCUCGAUACAGAAGCAUUAGUGUGAUGAGGCUGGCAGAUAAAUCCAGGAGAGCAAUUGUUCAGAAUUUAAAUAAUCCUCGCUCAAUAGUGGUUCAUCCUGUUAUUGGGUAUAUAUUCUGGACAGAUUGGUUCCGUCCGGCAAAAAUCAUGAGGGCCUGGAGCGAUGGAUCCCAUGCCUUGCCAAUUGUCAAUACAACGCUAGGCUGGCCUAAUGGCCUCGCCAUUGACUGGAGUUCUCUGAGGUUGUACUGGGUGGAUGCUUUUUUUGAUAAAAUUGAGCACAGCACCUUUGAUGGGCUGGACAGACGGACUCUUGAACAUAUUACUCAGAUGACUCACCCAUUUGGCCUUACUAUUUUUGGAGGUUAUGCCUAUUUCACUGAUUGGAGACUUGGUGGAAUAGUCCGAGUGAGGAAGUCUGAUGGAGGAGAAAUGACUAUCAUUAGGAGGGGCAUUAGUAACAUUAUGCAUGUUAAAGCAUACGAUGCUCAUUCCCAAAUAGGCUCUAACUACUGUAAUAGAGGAACAAAUCCUAAUGGAGACUGCAGCCAUUUCUGCUUCCCAGUACCAAACUUCCAGAGAGUUUGUGGGUGUCCUUACGGCAUGAAGCUGGCUCCAAAUCAACUGACAUGUGUUGAAGAUCCAUCCAAUGAGCCACCCACUUUGCAGUGUGGCUCCUAUUCAUUUUCCUGUGGUAAUGGAAGAUGUGUGCCUCGACACUAUCAGUGUGAUGGUGUUGAUGAUUGUCAUGAUAACAGUGAUGAACAAAAUUGUGGUUCUUUAAACAAUACUUGUGCUUCUUCAGCUUUUACCUGUGCCAGUGGACAGUGUAUUCCAGGUCGCUGGCAUUGUGAUAAACAUAAUGACUGUUUUGAUGGCAGCGAUGAAUUGCAUUGUCCCACACAAGGACCCUCUUCAUGCCCUGCAACCCAGUUCACCUGUGAUAAUAGAAGAUGUAUUCCAAGAAUCUGGCUAUGUGAUACUGAUAAUGACUGUGGUGAUGGCUCAGAUGAAAAAAACUGCACUUUCACAGGUACUUGUGAACCCGGGCAAUUUCAAUGUCCAGACCAUCGCUGUAUUGACCUAUUCUAUGUCUGUGAUGGAGACAAAGAUUGUAUAGAUGGUGCUGAUGAGCAUGACUGCAUAUAUAACUGCAGUGCCACAGAGUUUAAGUGUCUAAGUGGAGACCAGUGUAUCAGCACCUACUACCAGUGUGAUGGUGUUUUUGACUGUAAUGAUCACUCAGAUGAGGCUGAUUGCCCUACAAGACCACCAGGGAUGUGCCACCAGAAUGAAUUCCAAUGUCAAUCAGAUGGCAAUUGUGUUCCUGAUAACUGGGAAUGUGAUGGCCAUCUUGAUUGUGCAGAUGGCUCAGAUGAACAUCAUAGAUGCCCUGCCAGAACGUGUCCUCCAUCGCUUUUCCGCUGUGAUAAUGGCAACUGUGUAUAUCGAGCAUGGAUCUGUGAUGGUGAUAAUGACUGCAGGGAUAUGAGCGAUGAGAGAGAUUGUCCGACUCAACCUUUCCGGUGCCCCAGCUGGCAGUGGCAGUGUCCAGGUCACAGUAUCUGUGUGAAUCUCAGCAAAGUAUGUGAUAAUACUGCUGAUUGUCCUAAUGGAGCUGAUGAAUCCCCAUUGUGCAAUGAACCCCAGCCAGAUCAGGAGAGCUGCUCUGACAAUAAUGCUGGCUGCACUCAUGAGUGUAUUCAAGGACCUUUUGGAGCUCAGUGUACCUGUCCUAUUGGAUACCAGCUUGCAAAUGACUCCAAGACCUGUGAAGAUAUUAAUGAAUGUGACCCUCCAGGCUUUUGUAGUCAGCACUGUUACAAUGAGAGAGGGUCUUUUAGGUGUUAUUGUGAUGAAGGAUACAUUCUAGAAGCCAAUGGGAGGACUUGUAAAGCAGCAGAAUCUGGGAAUCUUCUUUUGCUGGUGGCAAGUCGUAACCAAAUCGUUGUGGAUAACAUCACUUCGCAGUCACACAGUAUUUAUUCUCUGGUUCGGGAUGGGACAAAUAUUGUGGCUAUUGAUUUUGAUUCAAUUACAGAUCGUAUCUUUUGGUCUGAUACAACACAGGAUAAAAUUUGGAGUGCUUAUCAAAAUGGGACUGACCGAAAAAUAGUGUUUGACAGUGGUGUCACCGUGACUGAAAGCAUAGCGGUAGAUUGGGUGGGUCGUAACCUUUACUGGACAGACUUUGUUCUGGAAACGAUUGAAGUCUCCAAAAUGGACGGGAGCCACAGGACUGUGCUGAUUAGUGAAAAUAUAACAAACCCAAGAGGACUAGUGUUAGAUCCCAGAACUGAUGCUCAUGUAAUGUUCUGGACUGACUGGGGCCAAAACCCUCGAAUUGAAAAAGCCAGCAUGGAUGGCAAAAUGCGCACAGUGAUUAUCAAUAAUAAAAUCUACUGGCCCAAUGGACUUUCCAUUGAUUAUCCAAAUAAACUUCUCUAUUUUGCUGAUGCUUAUCUUGAUUAUAUCGAUUUCUGUGAUUACAAUGGAAACAACAGACGACAGGUGGUUGCAAGUGAUCUGAUAUUGCAGCAUCCACAUGCUCUAACUGUCUUUGAAGAUUUUGUGUAUUGGAGUGACCGCUAUACUAAUCGAGUAAUUCGGGCCAAUAAAUGGCAUGGAGGAAACCAGACAGUUAUGAUUUAUAAUAUUCACCAGCCAUUGGGUCUUGUGGCAGUCCAUCCUGUAAAGCAGCCUAAUGGUGUUAACUCCUGUGCAUCAUCCCCCUGUAGCCACCUCUGCAUACUUUCUUCAUCUGGACCACUUUUUUUUUCCUGUGCUUGCCCUUCAGGAUGGAUCCUCUCUCCUGAUAACAGGAACUGCAUGAGAGUUGAACACCCUUUCCUUAUUGCUGUAAGAGAUAAUAUAAUUUACGGAAUUUCUCUGAACCCUGAGGAAAAGACAAAUGAUGCUAUGGUUCCAAUAGCAGGAGUUCAAAAUGGUGUUGAUGUUGACUUCGAUGACUCUGAACAGAUGAUUUAUUGGGUUGAAAAUCCAGGUGAAAUUCACAGAGUGAGGUCAGAUGGAGCCAACAGGACAGUCUUUGCUCCAGCAGCUGUUAUUGGUGCUCCUACUGGUCUAGCAUUGGACUGGAUGUCUGCAAAUCUGUAUUACAGUAACCCGGGGACACAAUCAAUUGAGGUCCUGAAGCUGCAUGGUGACAUAAUGUACAGGAAAACACUGAUUACCAAUGAUGGCACCUCUCUGGGAGCUGGCACACCGAUUGGUUUGGCAGUUGAUCCAGCAAGAGGGAAGUUGUACUGGACAGACCAGGGAACUGACAGUGGAGUCCCAGCAAAGAUUGCCAGUGCAAACAUGGAUGGCUCAGGCAUACAAACCCUCUUCACUGGCAACCUGGACCAUGUAGAGUUCCUUACCAUUGACAUUAAGGAACAAAAAUUGUACUGGGCUGUCACAAGCACAGGAAUGAUUGAGAGAGGCAAUGUGGAUGGUACAAAUCGUGUGACUCUGGUGGUUCAUCUUUCUCAUCCCUGGGGAGUUGCUGUGUAUGGUACCUUUCUGUACUAUACUGAUCGAGAUUAUGAAGUGAUUGAACGGGUUGACAAGGCCACCGGCGCAAACAAAGUAGUACUGAGAGAUAACGUCCCAAGAUUGAAGAGCCUACGUGUGUAUUAUAGAGACAAUUCUGCUGGUUCCUCAAAUGGCUGCAGUAAUAAUAUUGGAGUUUGCCAGCAGCUUUGCCUGCCUGUGACUGGUGGAUUAUUCUCCUGUGCCUGUGCUACUGGCUUUCAGCUAAAUCCUGAUAACAGAACCUGUUCCCCAUACAGUUCAUUUGUAAUUGUUUCUAUGCUCUCUGCAAUUAAAGGAUUUAGUUUAGAGACAUCAGAUCACUCUGAAGCCAUGGUACCACUAGCAGGAAGAGGACGAAAUGCACUUCAUGUGGAUGUUCACAUGCCUUCUGGUUUCAUCUACUGGUGUGACUUCAGUAGCACAGUUUCUUCUCAGAAUGCAAUACGUAAAAUUAAACCUGAUGGUUCUUAUUUUAGAAAUGUUGUUACAAAUGGAAUAGGACGAAAUGGGAUUCGUGGCAUUGCAAUUGACUGGGUAGCAGGUAAUCUUUAUUUUACAAAUGCAUUCCUGACAGAGACUUUUAUAGAAGUUUUGCGUUUGAACACAACUUAUCGCCGUGUGCUUCUGAAAACUACCAUAGAUAUGCCAAGGCACAUAGUAGUUGACCCAAAAAACAGAUAUCUCUUCUGGGCAGAUUAUGGGCAAAAUCCAAAGAUCGAACGUGCAUUUCUUGACUGCACCAACAGAACAGUUCUUGUGUCUGAGGGCAUUGUCACUCCUCGUGGGUUGGCCAUAGAUCACAGCAAUGGCUACGUUUACUGGGUGGAUGAUUCCUUAGAUAUGAUUGCAAGAAUUCAGCCUGAUGGUGGUGAUGUUGAAAUUGUACGUUACGGCAGUCGCUAUCCAACUCCAUAUGGUAUCACUAUCUUUGGCAAUUCCAUGAUCUGGGUGGAUCGAAACCUGAAAAAAGUCUUCCAAGCCAGCAAGCAGCCAGGCAACACUGAUCAGCCAACAGUAAUAAGAGAUAAUAUCAAUUGGCUAAGGGAUGUUACAAUUUACAACAGUAAUUUCCAGUCACGUUCACCGCUUGAUGUCAACAACAAUCCUUGUUUGGACAACAAUGGAGGUUGUUCUCACCUCUGUUUUGCCCUCCCUGACAUUCAGACACCAAAAUGUGGUUGUGCCUUUGGAACACUAGGCAGUGAUGGCAAGAGAUGUUCCAUUUCAACAGAUGAUUACCUAAUUUUUGCUCUUGAGAAUGCCCUCAGAAGUAUUCACCUAGAUCCUGAAAAUCACAGUCCUCCCUUCCGCACAGUCAAUGUGUUAAGGACUGCUGUGGCCCUGGAUUUUGACAGCAUAAACAACCGAAUAUAUUUUACACAAAGUUAUCCUUCAGGAACUGGAAGAAUAAGUUAUGUUAGUAUUUACUCAGGAAUUGGCUCUCCAACUGUAGUUGCAUCUGACCUGGGAACUCCAGAUGGCAUAGCCUUUGACUGGAUCAACAACAGAGUUUACUACAGUGACUACCUCAAUCAGACCAUCAGCUCGAUGGCUGUGGAUGGAUCAAACCGCACAGUGAUCGCCCGGGUGCCACGGCCAAGAGCCAUUGUAUUAGAUCCCUGCAGAGGGUAUAUGUACUGGACUGACUGGAGUUCAAAUGCAAAGAUUGAACGAGCUACUCUUGGAGGAAACUUCAGAACACCUGUUGUGAGCACAAACUUGGUAUGGCCAAAUGGACUUACCCUGGACUAUGAAGAACAGCAGCUGUACUGGGCUGAUGCAAAUCUGCAGAAGAUUGAGAGAUGCACUCUCUCUGGUACAAAUCGUGAGGUAAUUGUUAGCACUGCUCUGCAUCCAUUUGCAAUGACACUGUUUGAUCAGCACAUAUAUUGGACAGACUGGAACACACGAAGCAUUUAUAGAGCUAAUAAGUAUGAUGGUUCAGAUCAGAUUGUAAUGAUCAUGAAUCUUCCACAAAGACCAAUGGAUAUUCAUGUCUGGGCAAAAAGUAAGCAGCAGCAGUGUAUCAACCCUUGCAACCAGUUCAAUGGUGGCUGCAGUCACAUCUGUGCACCAGGUCCAGCUGGUGCAGAAUGUCAGUGCCCUUCUGAAGGACACUGGUAUUUAGCCAAUAACAACAAGCACUGUAUUGUGGAUAAUGGUACCAGGUGUGAUACUGGUUUCUUCACAUGCCUUAAUGGGCACUGUAUCUCUGAGCGGUGGAAAUGCGACAAUGACAAUGAUUGUGGUGAUGGCAGUGAUGAGUUGGAAAGUGUGUGUGUCCGUUUUGCAGCUGUGUUUGCCCUGGCAGCUUUCCAUACUUGUCAGCCAACAGCUUUCACCUGUGGCAAUGGGCGAUGCGUACCCUAUCAUUACCGCUGCGAUCAUUACAACGACUGUGGAGAUAACAGUGAUGAGCUUGGCUGCUUGUUCCGAACCUGUGACUCCCACACAGAAUUUACUUGCAAUAAUGGAAGGUGUAUAGCCCUUCAGUAUGUCUGCAAUGGAGUAAACAACUGUUAUGAUAAUGGCACCUCAGAUGAGAGGAAUUGUCCGGAGCGUACAUGCCAGUCUGGUUUUACAAAAUGUCAAAGCACAAAUAUUUGCAUUCCUCGAACGUAUUUGUGUGAUGGUGAUAACGACUGUGGAGAUAUGAGUGAUGAGAGUUCGACUCACUGUGUGUCUCUUACUUGCACAAAUAGUGAGUUUCGUUGUACAUCGGGACGUUGUAUUCCUGCUCAUUGGUACUGUGAUCAAGGAAUAGACUGUGCUGAUGGCUCUGAUGAACCUGCCUCUUGUGUGCCCCAAAUGCGGACUUGUUCGAGUGACCAGUUCAGAUGUGAUGAUGGCAGAUGUAUCCCAGCAACAUGGAUCUGUGAUGGUGAUAAUGACUGUGGGGAUAUGAGUGAUGAGGAUCAAAGACAUAAUUGUGCAAAUCGCAACUGCACAGCGGCAGAGUUCAUGUGUGCCAACAAUCAACCCCCACUCAGGAGGUGCAUUCCUCGGGCAUGGGUCUGUGAUGGUGAUGCUGACUGCAGUGAUGCUCUUGAUGAACACCAGAACUGCACACGAAGAUCUUGCACAGAAAAUGAGUUUACCUGUAGUAAUGGCUUGUGCAUCCGUAACACAUACAGGUGUGAUAGGCGGAAUGACUGUGGUGACAGCAGUGAUGAAAGAGGAUGCAUCUAUGAACCGUGUCAACAGCACCAGUUUACUUGUCAGAAUGGGCGCUGCAUUUCCAAAGCCUACAUCUGUGAUGGGGAUAAUGACUGUGGUGAUGAAUCUGAUGAGCUGGAACGUCUCUGUAGUACACCAGAAGCAACCUGCUCUCCCCAUCAUUUUAAAUGUGACAAUGGAAACUGCAUUGAGCUGGUUAAAGUCUGCAAUCGGUUGGAUGAUUGCUUAGAUAACAGUGAUGAAAAAGGAUGUGGUGUCAAUGAAUGCAGUGACCCUUCAAUCAGUGGAUGUGAUCAUGACUGUACAGACACACAGACAAGUUUCUACUGUUCUUGUCAUCCCGGAUACAAACUUAUGUCUGAUAAACGGACUUGUGAUGAUAUUGAUGAGUGCAAUGAAACUCCAUCAGUAUGUAGCCAGAUUUGUGAGAACACAGCUGGCUCCUACAUCUGUAAGUGUGCCCCAGGCUAUAUCCGGGAGCCUGAUGGAAAAAGUUGCCGACAAAAUAGUAAUAUCUCCCCAUACCUUAUUUUUAGCAACCGUUACUAUCUGAGAAAUCUCACAGCAGAUGGCCAGUCUUACUCUCUCAUUUUGCAAGGACUGAGAAAUGUGGUGGCACUGGACUUUGACAGGGUGGAAAAGAGGUUGUACUGGAUUGAUGUGGGGAGGAAUGUCAUUGAACGAAUGUUCCUAAAUGGAACAAAUAAGGAGGCAGUGAUAAGUGAUGAUGUGCCCAACGGGGAAGGUAUCGCUGUUGACUGGGUUGGCAGAAAAUUGUACUGGGUGGAUGCCUACCGAGAUUGUCUCUACGUCUCUGAACUUGAUGGAAGAUUCCGGAAAAAACUGGUGGAUCGGUGUGUGGAUGCCAACAAUACUUUCUGCUUUCAGUAUCCCAGAGCAAUUGUUGUUCAUCCAAAAUAUGGACAGAUUUACUGGACAGACUGGGCAGAUCGAGCCUAUAUUGGACGAGCAGGCAUGGAUGGCAAGGAGAAGACUGUGAUCAUCUCUACAAAGUUAGAGUGGCCCAAUGGACUUACCAUAGAUUACACCAAUGACAAGCUCUACUGGACAGAUGCCCAUCUAAAUUAUAUUGAGUACUCUGACCUGGAUGGACAUCAUCGUCACACAGUAUAUGAUGGGACUCUACCUCAUCCAUUUGCAAUAACAAUUUUUGAAGACACAAUAUAUUGGACUGACUGGAACACAAGGACAGUUGAAAAAGGAAAUAAAUAUGAUGGAUCAGAAAGGACUGUUCUUGUGAAUACCACACACAGACCAUUUGACAUCCAUGUUUACCAUCCAUACAGACAACCAUUUGUUAAUAAUCCUUGUGGCACCAAUAAUGGUGGUUGUUCCCAUCUUUGCCUAAUAAAAGCUGGUGGUCAGGGGUUUUCCUGUGAAUGUCCUGAUAACUUCAUGGUCAUACAGUUUGGCAAUACAGCCCACUGCCUUCCAAUGUGCUCUAGCACCCAGUUUCUCUGUGCAGACACUGAGAGGUGUAUUCCCAUCUGGUGGAAAUGUGACGGACAGAGGGACUGUCGAGAUGGCUCCGAUGAGCCCCCAACCUGUCCGCAGCGGUACUGUCCUGUGGGGCAGUUCCAGUGUAAUGAUGGGAACUGCACAAGUUCACAUUUCUUGUGCAAUACCCAGCCAGAUUGCCAUGACAGAUCAGACGAAGAUCCUGUACUUUGUGCUAAUCAUCAGUGUGAAACUCAUCAGUGGCAGUGUGCCAAUAAACGAUGUAUCCCAGAAGCCUGGCAGUGUGAUAGAGAGGAUGACUGUGGUGAUAAUUCGGAUGAAGAUAGCGCUCACUGUGCCAGUAGAACAUGUCCCCCAGGCCAAUUUAAAUGUGACAAUGGCCGCUGCAUUCCACAGUCCUGGAAGUGUGAUGUGGAUGAUGAUUGUGGUGAUAACUCUGAUGAGCCAUUCCACGAAUGCAUGGGACCUGCUUAUCGAUGUGACAAUCACACACAGUUCAGCUGCAGAACCAACUACCGUUGCAUACCAUUGUGGGCAGUAUGCAAUGGGAAUGAUGACUGUAGAGACAACAGUGAUGAACAAGGCUGUGAGGAGAUGACUUGCAGUCCUUUUGGAGAUUUCCGUUGUGACAAUCAUCGAUGCAUCCCACUGCGCUGGAAGUGUGAUGGAGAUGAUGACUGUGGCGAUAACUCUGAUGAGCACAACUGCAGUCCUCGUGAGUGCACAGAAAGUGAAUACCGUUGUGACAAUCUGCAUUGCAUUCCUUCACGAUGGAUCUGCGAUCACGAUGACGACUGUGAAGACAAUUCAGAUGAACGUGACUGUGAGUUGAGGACCUGCCACCCAGGUUAUUUCCAGUGUGAUAGUGGACAUUGUGUUGCAGAGCGCUUCAGAUGUGAUGGAAAUGGAGACUGCCUUGAUUUCUCUGAUGAAGCAACUUGUCCUACACGGUAUCCUAAUGGUACAUACUGUCCACCCAUGCUGUUUGAGUGCAAAAACCAUGUCUGUAUUCAGCCAUACUGGAAAUGUGAUGGUGAUAAUGACUGUGGAGAUGACUCUGAUGAAGAACUUCACCUUUGCUUGGAUAUUGCCUGUGACUCUCCAUUCCGUUUCCGAUGUGAAAACAAUCGCUGUAUAUACAGUCAUGAGCUAUGCAACCAGGAGGAUGACUGUGGAGAUGGAAGUGACGAGAAAGAAGAACACUGUAGAGAGCCAACACCAAGACCUUGUAAAACAGAAGAAUUCAAGUGCAGUAAUGGAAAUUGCAUUCCCCUACAUUAUGUCUGUGACAACUAUGAUGACUGUGGAGACCAUUUUGAUGAAAUGGGCUGCAAUCCUGGAACAGAGCGAACUUGUGCAGAAAAUAUCUGUGAACAUAACUGUACCAACCUGAAUGAAGGAGGCUUUAUCUGUUCCUGUAGGCCAGGGUACAAGGCCAGUGAAACUAACCGCAACUCCUGUGAAGAUAUCAAUGAGUGUGAGAUCUUUGGAACAUGCACCCAGGACUGCAAGAAUUCCAAAGGAAGCUAUGAAUGUUUCUGUGCAGAUGGCUUCAGGUCUGUGGGUGAUCAACAAGGCAAACAGUGUGCAGCUGAUGGUAAUCCUCCAUUGUUACUGCUGCCAGAUAAUGUGAGGAUUCGAAGGUACAAUAUCUCAUCAGAACAAUACUCCGACUAUAUCGAUAAUCAGGAGCGCAUCCAAGCUCUGGAUUAUGACUGGGACCCUGAAGGGAUAGGCCUGAGUAUUGUGUACUUCAGUAUUCUGGGACAGGGUUCUGAGUUUGGAGCCAUCAAACGUGCUUAUCUCCCCACGUUUGACAGCAGUAGGAACAAUCCAACAAAGGAAGUUGACUUGAAUCUCAAAUACAUAGUUAAGCCCGAUGGGUUAGCUGUUGACUGGGUUGGAAGACAUCUUUACUGGACUGAUGCAGGGACUAACCGCAUAGAGGUGGCAAAAUUAGAUGGACGAUAUAGAAAAUGGCUUGUUUUUUCUCAACUGGAUCAACCAGCAGCUAUUGCUGUCAAUCCAAAACGUGGGCUCAUGUAUUGGACUGACUGGGGAAGGCAGCCAAAGAUUGAAUGUGCCUGGAUGGAUGGACAACAAAGACAAACUCUGGUCUCCGAAGACCUUGGCUGGCCAACUGGUCUUUCUAUUGAUUAUUUGAACAAUGAUAGGAUCUAUUGGAGUGAUUCUAAAGAAAAUAUAAUUGAAUCCAUGAGACCUGAUGGAACAGAUAGAACCAUUGUACUACAUGGAGCAGGCAGUCCAUACAGCCUUGAUGUCUUUGAAGGCCAUUUAUAUUGGAUAGCUAAAGAACGAGGAGAAGUCUGGAAGAAGGAUAAAUUUGGAAGUGGAGAAAAAGUGAAAGUGCUUACUGUAAAUCCGUGGCUUACCCAAGUGUGCAUCUAUCACCAGCACAGAUACAAUCAAUCAGUGCCUAAUCCUUGUAAAGAUGUCUGCAGCCACCUCUGUUUGCUGAGACCAGGAGGAUACACGUGCUCAUGUCCUCAAGGGACUCGGUUCCUAGAAGGCAGCAGUACGGAAUGUGAUGCAGCUAUUGAAUCCCCUCCCACAAUGCCACCAGCUUGCAGGUGCAUGAAUGGAGGAACAUGCUAUAUAGAUGAAAGCAGUCUUCCCAAAUGCAAAUGUUCUUAUGGAUACACUGGGAAUUAUUGUGAAAUAGGAUUGUCAAAAGGAGUCCCUCCUGGAACAACAGCAGUAGCAGUGUUGCUGACAGUCAUACUAAUCAUAAUAAUUGGAGUGUUAGUGGUUGGAGGCUUUUUUAACUACAGACGAACAGGCUCCCUUCUACCAGCGCUUCCCAAGCUACCAAGUUUAAGCAGUCUUGUAAAAUCUAGUGAAAAUGGCAAUGGAGUAACUUUCCGAUCUGGAGCAGAUGUGACUAUGGACAUAGGAGUCUCCAGCUUUGGAGGAGAUUCUGCUAUAGACAGAGCAAUGCAAAUGAAUGAAAACUUUGCAGUGGAGUCAGGGAAACAGCCAAUCACAUUUGAAAACCCAAUGUAUACAACCAGAGAUGGUGGAACCAGCACAGCUGGUGCAGUUACAGUCGUUCGGCCAACACUUGUAGCAGCAGCUGGCAGUGAGGAAAAUGAAAAUUUUGAAAAUCCUGUGUAUUCCUCUGGCAUAUCUACUAGCCCAAAAGAAACCCCUCAGAGUACCGAUGUACCUCAGGAAUCAAAGUGGAGUUUCUUCAAGAGAAAAAAGAAACAAAACACUAAUUUUGAAAACCCAAUAUAUGCCGAGAUGGAAAAGGAACAGCAACAGGACACAGAAAAUGUCCCUACCCGUUCUCCUUCACUGCCUCCCAAGAUUAUUCUGAAGAGAGACCAACCACUAGCUUACACGGCAACAGAGGAUACAUUUAAAGACACUGCCAAUCUUGUUAAAGAGGACUCUGUGGUAUAACUAGGUAACUCAUUUAGGGAAAAUUAGACACAUCCAUUUGCACAUAUAUUUUUUAUAAACAGAAGAGUAAGGUUCACAUUCAAAUGCUUUAUAAAAAUAUAUACAUUUCUAAGCCAGUGGCUGGAGAUGUACAUUGAAACUAUGCCUUGUUUUUUGACAAAUGCCAAUUUCUAUUUUUAUGAACAAAUAUCGUGAUGUACUAUAUGUAUAUCUUUGCACUGAAGCUGUCUGAAAGUAAUGUUAUAAAUAUAUUGUACAUUUGUAAAUUUUUCUAAGAUUAUCUUGUUCAGUGAUGUUGCUAGUAGAAAAUUGUAUGGAAUUUGCCAUAUAUUUAGGGCUAAGUUAAUUCUAUAAAUGCCUAAAACUAAAAAAAAGAACCAAACAAGGCAAAUAUAGGAACUUUACUGAUUUACAGGGUCUUUAGAGUAUCUCUUUUAUAACAGCACCUUUUAAAACUUCUACUGGUGCUCUGGGCAUAUUUGCCACCUAUUUUAUAUACUACUGUAUAUAAAAAUGGGUGCCUCUUUAUCUUGUGUUAAACAAAACGUGAAAGAGUCAGUGCAGGGUUAUUAUGCUGAAUAGUUACCUGUACAAAAUGCUGUUCUUACAAUAUUUUAACUGCCUGAGACAAUUUGCUCUCAAUCUAUAAGAUACAUACUUUUCCUCUAGGUUCCAAUUUACACAAUUCCAUUAAUAGUGUUCCUAUAAAGACUGGAUAUAUUUAGAUUUUAGUGCCACAGCUACUUAAUGAGCUUUUCUCUUGCUCAUAGAAUACCUCUGUUCUUGGCUAGAGUCUCUGGAAGUAAUUUGUACUAUGAAGUAGCUAUGUUUCUAUAAGAGCUUAUUUUCAAACAGCAAAAUAUGAAAGAUAUUGGUUCAUUUCAGAAAUUCUUCAGGUUUUUUUUAAUGUGAAAAUUUAAUUUUAUUUACUAUUUAUUUCCUGAGGUGGAUAUUAAUAGAAAGGGAAACAAUUUCUACUAACGAAGUCUUUGUAGUUAUCUGGUUGUUCCUAUAACCUUCCAUCAGAAUGUACUGUUGAUCUUUUUAGCUCCUCUAUUAACUAGCCAAGAUAGUUUCCACAACAUGAACUGUUUGAGAAAACUUUGAUUACAGGAACAUGUUCUUCAGCAUUCCUGGCUUAGCUACUCAUAUAAAAGAUUCCUGAAGUUAUAAUCAUUGAGACUUUUGCUAUUUGAUUGUUUUAUAUCUAAAUUCUCAAAAUAUAUACUAUUUCUAAUUAGAAUGCUUGUAAUUACUUUGUAACAGACUGAUUAGAAAAGACUACUGGAAAAUGAUGCUGCUGAAUAAGUCUAAUAAACAUAUUAUUUUAUCACAUUCCUAUUCCA